UCCUCACUGUCACUCGGCUGAAUUCACAUCUCCUGCCAACAUGUCCUACAGCUGCUGCUCUAGAAACUUCUCCUCCUGCUCCUUUGGGGGAUACCAGCGCUCCCCAAGCUCCUCCUGCGGCUUUUCCUGCCCCAGCAACCUGGUCUACCGCACUGACCCCUGCCCUCCCAGCACCUGCCGACCAGGCUCCGCCCCCUCCAGUGGCUGUCAGGAGACCUGCUGUGAGCCCACCAGCUGCCAGACAUCCUGUGUGGUGGCCAGACCUUGCCAGACGUCCUGCGACCGCCCAAGGACCUCCACGCUCUGCAGUCCCUGCCAGACGACUUGCUCUGGGUCUGUGGGCAUUGGGUCCAGCAGCUGCCGUUCCCUGGGCUAUGGAUCCAGUAGUGGCUACUCGCUGGGUUGUAGAUCCCAGGGCUUCAGAUCGCUGGGAGUCAGUGGUUUCCCUUCUCUGGGCUGUGGGUCCAGAUUCUGGCACCCAACCUACUUGGCUUCUAGGAGCUGCCAGUCUUCUUGUUACAGGCCAACCUACAGAUCAGUCUUCUGUAGACCAACUUGCUGAGCUUCCGACCCUUUGAGCAAAGUAUUUCAGUCUCUACAUAGAGCUGCCACCACAGGGUUUUUCAGUAAUGUUAGCUAAUGCCUCUCACCGCCAGCUCUUCACCCUUUGUCUGGAAUCAAGUACCAGCUGAUAGACUAAUUCCUUCAGACAGUGAGGCUUACAAAUGACUAAAAUAUUAAGUGUGUGCCUGUAAUUUUGAACAAUUGACUCUGAAUUACCUAAAUUCUUCUUACAAAAUGUAUGGAAAUUCAGUUUUGUUUGACCUAAUAAACUCUGACUCACACAUCUGA